GUUGAUUAGCGAAUGAGACGUGUGAAUGAUUCAUCAGCACUGCUAUAAUAGAGACUAGAAGAUACUGCCGCUCUGAGAACCAACACUCUCACUUCACUGCUGUACUUCUCAGAUUAGCUGACAAUGCAAAUGUCCACAAUACACGGUUUGAACGACACAUCCUCUCUAAACAUGUUCACAACAAAAGGACUGACUGACGGAGGUGGUGGUAUCCCCUCCACAGAUCACAUAUCUCACGGACACCAGACCACUAAGGGAAGUAUAGGAGCAGCUGGUGAGACGACCUCCUCCACAUUCCUCUACACCACCCUGGCUCCACCCCCUAACUUUGAGAGUGGGGGCUGGACUGUACACGAGCUAACACUACUGGGUGGUGUGCUCUGGCUCGUCAUGUUCAUUACUUUGGUGGGCAACCUCGCCUGCUUCUACGCUGUUAUCAGAAAUAUGAAGAUACUGUUGCAGCACCCAUUCUUCCAGUCCAACAUAUUCUGUGUGUACCUCUCUUUUGUAGACAUAUUCCAAGUAGUUUUGGUGGGUGUGCCUGCUGCAAUUAGCUACACUACAGAUAGUCCCGGACUCCGAGACAGUCUCUACAAUAAAGCAGCCGCAGAUCCCAUCCUGGACUUUGUGGUUUGGCUCCAGCUGCUCCUGGUUGUUGCUAUCUGUGUGGACCGAGCUGGCCACAUCUGGAGACCCCUAUCCUACACCUACACUAUCAAGGCCUACAAGACAGUGAUAGCGCUCAUAGUGUGCACCGCCAUUCCUUUUUUAACGCUAACCCUUCCUCAUAUAAUCGCCUCCAGAUCCGUUAUGAGUUGGUACAAGAGUAUGGGUGCUGAGCCAGAUAUUGCUUUCGUGUGCGAUGUGGCGCGCUCUGGAAAAACCCAUACCAAUGGGACCGACGUUAUCGUGAAAAUCUUUAUGAGUUGUGUUUUGCAAUCAAACGACACAUCUUGGCCGGGAUCCAAGAGCUUCAUGAUGUGGGAGAAUGUGGCUAGUCCUCUUUUAAUGUUCCUGGCAGUGGCAGCUCUCGGUGGCACCAGUGCUAUCAUUAUUUGGAAACUUGGCGAGAGCUACAAGCUCCACAAAAACAACCCCGCUAAACAAAACUUGGUAGCUAGAAGUGUAAGGAUGACCUGCACAGUCUCCUUCAUACAAGCAGUUGUCAUCUUAGUGUCUACUCUGCCUCUUCGCUGGUAUCAGAUUGACGACAGACUUCACGCUACUUGUAACACUAAGAACUGUUACAGAGUCUAUUCAAGUCACUACAAGGUGAUAGCCCGGGUGCUUGUCUUCCUGGGACCCAUGCUGAACCCCUGGAUGUAUCCAAUCAGAAUGGCUAGCAUCAGAUCAUUCCUAGUGACGAAACAGAAGUCUCUUGCCUCGUCAGCGUCGGUGAUCAAAUUCAAAGCCAGAAGGUUAACCUCCAGGCUCAAACAUACCCAAUCUACUUUGACCAGAUCAAAUAACAAAUCCUAAAUGAAUAGUAACGUGAACACCUCCCUGCUAAGACUCAAGUCCUCCCUGACUCCCUCCGGAGAGAGUACAGCACAGCACACCCAACUCUUUGCCAACAACUCCACUGCCAUCACCGACCCUCUGGCUCUCACCGCGCUUACUGAAGCCUGAGGGAAAUGAGGUGAGAGAGAAAGGUUUUGUGAUAGAGACACUGUGGUGCUCCGGCCGGGUUUGGUGGAGCAAGGUUUUUACUAUUUCCUAUUUUAAUUCUUUUAAUAACUGAUGAAAAUUUUAAUUAUGUGUUAGUACGACUAAGGAAAUGAUUCAAUUAUUUUACUUGAACUUAACGGUAGACCCCUUUUGCUAACUUGAAUAAUUCGCACACUUUCCGUUAGAUUCACCCCAAAAACUUUCAGUUCAUACCACUUGACUAGCAUGCCGUUCUUUAUCCAUGUUGAGCGAUAUUUCUAAGGCGAUACUGAUCAGUUAUAAAUUUCAGUAAUUCAUUUCCAAUGUUGUUUAUUCGUCGUGUAGACUGCUAAUUUGGUGCAUCGACAGUUUUAUGAAAUUGAGUUAGUUCCAAACAUUGGAGAGGGUCUACUGUGUUAGGGUAUUUUACUGAAACUCAGCAGCACUGAGCAAUCGUAUUUGUCUGCAAUGAUGAAAGUAAACAAGGUUACAGAACUACAUACCGGAUAUAACUACGUUAAGUGUUACCUUGUAUGAUAUGCUUUACGUUCUAUAAAGCUUUUUUCUCCUACACUCUGUUUGGAGUUUGACACCAUGUAAUGUGCUCUUACGUUGCGGUGUGAUGUGCAGAAGAUCAUUUGAUUAACUUUUACAGUGACUUAAGAGCUCAUUACUUGUCAUAUUUAUUGGCCUGAUGUUAUUUUCUUGAAAUUUUCGAUGAUUUUAUUUUAAUGUUUCUUUUGGCGUUAACACUCGUCACGUAUCGCAGUUAAUGUUUCCUGAAAUGCUGUGAUCUUGUAUAAUAUUGUAAAUAUCAUUGUAAAUUGACGAAAAAUGUCCCACAAAA